AUUGUAUCCAAGAGAGAAAUUAAACACUGUGAUUAGCUGAGUUGCAGGAAAUUGAAGGAAUGGCGGCUGAAGCUGUGCUUACUUUUGCUACCGAGGGAAUACUGAAGAAGGUGCUUUCACUUGCUGCUCAACCAUUCAGUCUUGCAUGGGGUUUCAAAGCUGAGCUCGGAAAGCUUCAAGAGUCAUUCACUAACAUUGAACUUUUGUUGAAUGAUGUUGCCGACAAACCACAAGGUCGGCCAAUAGAGGCAUGGGUGAAGAAACUCAAAGACGUAGCUCAUGAUGCAGAGGAUGUCUUCGAUGAACUCGAGUACGAAGGUUAUCGGCGUAAAGUCGAAAUCCAAAACCAUAUGAAGAAAAAGGUUCUUAACUUCUUUUCACUCUCCAAUCCACUUGCAUUUCGUCUUCAAAUGGCCCAUAAAAUUCAGAAGAUCAAUGCAUCCUUGGUGGAUCUCGAGAGGAAAGCAUCUCCUCUUGGAUUAGCUUCCAAGAAUAAAGUUGCAACCACUCAGGGGAUUAGAUGUGACAGACAAACCAACGCAUUCUUUGGCAAAGACGAAAUAACUGUUGGAAGGAAAGAUGAUGUGUCAAAAAUAGUCACAACCUUGACCGACUCCAAAUACAAUCAAGAAAAUCUUGCGGUUAUGGCCAUCGUGGGAAUGGGAGGCCUCGGAAAAACAACAUUGGCCAAGUCAGUUUACAAUGAGGAUUCGAUAGACAAGUUUUUUGAAAAAAAAAUUUGGAUUUGUGUAUCCGACACUUUUGACGUUAAUUCCAUCCUACAUCAAAUGUCUGAACAACUUAAUCGGGAAAAAGCCCCUUCUAAAGAUAACCAGAAUACUCUGCUUUUGUCCCUCAAUGAAGAGUUGAAAGAUAAAAAAUACUUGCUCGUACUUGAUGACGUUUGGAACGAAGAUUCCAAACUAUGGGAGAGUUUCAUGGAAUGUUUGUCAAAGCUCAGUUCUGCUAAAGGAUCCAAAAUCAUUGUCACCACUCGCAAAGAGAAAGUCGCAUCAAUCUCAGAAAAGAUACUUCCACGACAUGAAUUGGGAAAACUUUCCGGAGAUGAAUGUUGGUCCAUCAUGAGAAAUAGAGCUUUCCCAACUAGCAGUGAUCCUAAGUUCGAUACAAUUGGAAGGGAGAUUGCUGAAAAGUGCCGUGGUGUUCCAUUGGUGGCAAAGGUUUUGGGAGGCAUUUUGCACACUAAAAAAAGUAUCAGAGAAUGGCCGUCAUUUAAAAACAAUACAAUAUGGGACAACCUAUCAAAAGAAGAAGAUAUAAUUAUGCCAGUCUUGAGAUUGAGUUUUGACAAUUUAGAAUCACCAUCAUUGAAGCAAUGUUUUGCAUAUUGCUCAAUAUUCGAGAAAGACUUUGAAAUUCAAAGAGAGAACUUGAUUCAACUUUGGAUGGCUCAAGGACUACUCCGAGCUUCACAUGACGAAAGUAAAGAUAUGGAGGACACAGGCAAUGAGUAUUUUGAUAUUCUAUUGCAUAGCUCUUUGUUUCAAGAUGCUACGAUUAGUGACAAUGGCACUGUUAGCAAAUGCAAGAUGCAUGAUCUUGUGCACGAUUUGGCAGAACUUGUGUCCAAAUCUGAAAGCUUGAAGGGAGACUUAUGUGGCAGAGAUAAUACACUUGAGAUUCGACAUGUUGCUCGGGUUUCUACUUCUACACUGGAAAAUAUUCCAGCAAGAAGUGCUAGGAAAUUGCGGUCACUGUUUUCCGACAACGGUGAAGUUCCUACUAACAUUCUUCCACAGUUCAAAGCUUUACGCGUCUUGAAUUUAUGGAAUGCUAAUAUUGAAGAACUUCCAGUUUCAGUUGGUAGGCUGAAACACUUAAGGUAUCUUGACAUUUCUGAAACAGGAUUCAAAGCACUCCCCAAAUCUAUAGGCAAGCUCUAUAACCUUCAGACAUUAAGAGCAGUGAAUUGUGCCCUUGAAGAGUUUCCGAAAGAACUGCAAAACUUGAUCAACCUGAGACAUAUUUAUUUUGAUGAGGAUAUCAAAUUCCCAAAAGGGAUACGUCGGUUGACUUGCCUUCGAACAUUACCUUACUUUUCGGUGGGUAAUGAGAUUGGUCGUCGAAUUGAAGAGUUGGCUAGCUUGAAACAAUUGAAGGGUGAAUUAAUUGUUUCUAAUUUGCAACUCGUAAAGAAUGGAGAAGAAGCAAAGAAAGCAAAGUUAGAGGAUAAGACGAAAAUACGCCAUUUAAGCUUCAAUUGGACAGAAGAUAGGUCAACAACAGACAACAACGAGGACGAAGAUGUCCUAGAAGGCCUCCGACCACAUCUUGAGUUGGAGAGCUUAAGUAUUGCAAACUUCAUGGGCAACAAGUUUCCACCUUGGAUGAUGAGUGGGUCAUUACCGCUCAACAACUUGAAGAGGAUUCAAUUACUUGGAUGUGACAAAUGUGAAGGAGUCCCACCGCUCGGUCAUCUACCCAGUCUUACGGAGCUUAAAAUUAGAGGAAUGGCUAACUUGAAAUGUGUUGGAGAUGAGUUCUAUGGUUAUGAUCUUGUCCACAAUCUAGCCACGACAAGUGAGGAGGUAAUUACUUUAUUUCCAGCGCUUAAAGUAUUAUAUAUUUCUGAUUGUGGUGAUCUAAAUGAAUGGAAGCAAGCACCAACAACGUCAAGGAAAAAAGUUGUGGUUUUUCCUUGUCUCGAGAUGUUGACCGUCGAAAAUUGUUCCAAAUUGAGAAAUGCUCCGAGUCAUUUUCCAUGUCUCCAAAAGUUGGAGAUGUCUUCUUGUGAUAGCAGAACGCCAAUAGAAGAAAUAAGCAGUGGAUUAACAACUCUUACCUCUCUUGAAAUAAGAGGUAUUAAGGAGCUUACUUGUUUGCCGCGGGGGAUUUUGAAGAAGAAUAAUAAUCUCUAUUCUUUGGUUAUAAAGAAAUGCGAUGAUUUAACGUGUAUUACCCCAGAUGUAGUCGGUUCUCGCGGUUCUCUUAAAAAAUUAGUCAUUUGGAAUUGCGACAAGCUGAGGCAUUUGCCAGAUGGGCUAGACACGCUCCAGCUCCUUGAGGAACUGACUAUUAAGGGAUGUGAUAGUCUAGAGUUGAUUCCAAUUGCACAGGGCAUGGCAUCUCUACGGGAAUUAGAGAUUGGAGGUUGUGGACGAUUGUCACUCCUGCCGAGUGGGUUAAAGAACUGCACCUCUCUCCAGAAAUUGAGUAUAACUCACUGCGAUGGAUUAUCAGGCCCAUUGAGUUUAUGGGCCUCUCUCGUGGAAGUGAGUUUAAUGAAUUGCGAUGGAUUAUCAGGCCGAUUGAGUGUGUGGGCCUCUCUCGUGGAAUUGGAUAUGAGGUAUUGCAAUAAUCUGACAUCAAUUGAAAUGAAAGGCAACGGGUCCCUCACCGCCUCUCUUCAGAACUUGAUAAUCUGGAAUUGCCAUGAAUUAUCAAGCAUACCUGCUCUUCCACAACAAUGUCCCUCUCUUCAGUACUUGGAGAUAAUUGGAUGCCCAAAGCUAUCAUGGGUUGGUGUCCAAAGUAGCAGAGUUGAGAAGGAGGAGAAGUGCAUUAGUCUACAAUCUACUUCAGAUUUGCGCACCAUGACCUCCCUUCAACAACUGUUUAUUAUAAAUUGUGAAAGAUUAGAAAGUUGGGUGAGCAGCCUGCAAUUCCCACUCUCUCUUGACACGCUGUCCAUAGUCAAAAUCCCUAAUUUACAGAUUCUUCCAAGUUUAGACAGCCUCAAUUCUCUCCGUGAUUUGGAAAUCGGUGGGUUCUGGGAGGAGCUCGAUUCCUUCCCUGAUUUUCAAGUUGGAUCAUUAAUGCAUCUUACAAGGUUAUACUUGUAUGGUUGGCCUAAGCUCAAGUCUCUGCCUCAACAAAUUCAAGGCCUCACUUCUCUAACACAUUUGUUUGUAUAUCACUUUGAGGGAGUGGAGACUUUGCCAAAAUGGUUGGGUAGCCUUACAUCCCUUACACAACUGUGGAUUUGGGGUUGCAAGAAUCUGAAGAAUUUACCAAGUGUCCAAGCUAUGCAACGCCUCACCAAAUUACAAACUCUCCGUAUAAUUAUAUGUCACCCCCUUCUAAAGGAAAGAUGCAAGAGGGACAGCGGCACAGAUUGGCCUAAGAUUUCUCACAUUCCACGUAUCUUAAUUCGGGGCAGAUACUUGUGAGACAACAGUUGGAUUGAAGCUAUGCAACGCCUCACUGAAUUACAAACUCUGUGUAUUGAGGGAUGUCAUCCCCUUCUCAAUCAAAGAUGCAGGAGGGACAGCGGCACAGAUUGGCCUAAGAUUUCUCACAUUCCAGAUAUCACAAUUGAGGUCUGAGACAAUACUUGGAUUGAAACUACGCAACUGGAACGAUGUAGUGCAGUAGGUGCAAACAGAAUCCAGUUGAUAUUGCUAGAGUAACUUGAUGAAUCUGAUGAAUUUACCAAGUGUCCAAGCUAUGCAACGCCUCACCAAAUUACAAAAACCAUGGAUUUCUGGAUGUCAUCCCCUUUUAGAGGAAAGAUGCACCAGGUACAUCGGCACAGAUUGGCCUAAGAUUUCUCACAUUCCAGAUAUCACAAUUGGGGAAGGAGACUUCUUCUGAGACAACAGUUGGAUUGAAGCUAUGCAAGAUUUCUCACAUUCCAGAUAUCAGAAUUUGGGAAUGAGUCUUCUAAGACAACUAGUAUAAGCAUACCUGUUCUUCCACAACAAUGUCCAUCUCUUCAGGAAUUGUGGAUAAGAGGAUGCCCAAAGCUAUCAUCGUUUGGUGUCAAAAGUAGCAGAGUUGGGAAGGAGGAGUUAGUCUACAAUCUACUUCAGAUUUGCGCAUCAUGACCUCCCUUCGACUUAUGUGGAUUGAAAGAUGUGAAAGAUUAGAAAGUUGGGUGAGCAGCCUGCAAUUCCCACUCUCUCUUGAGACGCUGGCAAUAGUCAGUAUCCUUAAUUUAAAGAUUCUUCCAAGUUUAGACGGCCUUAAUUCUCUCCGUCAUUUGGAUAUCGGUGGAUUUUGGGAGGAGCUCGAUUCCUUUCCUGAUUUUCAAGUUGCAUCAUUAAUGAAUCUUACAAGUUUAGUGUUGUGGGGUUGGCCUAAGCUCAAGUCUCUGCCUCAACAAAUUCAACACCUCACUUCUCUAACACAUUUGGAGAUAUGUUCAUUUGACGGAGUGGAGACUUUGCCAGAAUGGUUGGGUAGCCUUACAUUCCUUACAGAGCUGACGAUUUGGUCUUGCGAGAAUCUGAGGAAUUUACCAAGAUUCCAAGCUAUGCAACGCCUCACCAAAUUACAAACUCUGUAUAUUUCUGGAUGCCAUCCUCUUCUAAAGCAAAGAUGCAUGAGGAACAGCGGCACAGAUUGGCCUAAGAUUUCUCACAUUCCAGAUAUCACAAUUGUGGUCUGAUCAAAUUACAAUUCCUAGAGAUUUGGAUUUGUCAUCCCCUUUUAGAAGAAAGAUGCAGCAGGGACAACGACACAGAUUGGCCUAAGAUUUCUCACAUUCCAAAAAUCGACAUUUGGGGCUGAGACUUCUGAGACAACAGUUGGAUUGAAGCUAUGCAAUGCCUUGCGAUACUACAACAAAUGUGUAUUGGGAAAAUCAAAUUUCAUGAUGUGCAAGGCCACAGUUCUCCGAGAUUACUUGUAUUCCAGUUUUAUGUACAAACGACUCCAAAUGGCUCAAACUUUUGCAUUGAAAUUAAGUCAUUGCCAUCUAUAUUUCUUUUGCUAUGCUGUGGCGUUUUUCAUGAUGCUCAAUAGCUAUAAACUGACUCCAGGUAAAAGAAUCUUCAAUUACUCAAGAUAAUUUUCAAGCCUGCAAUUCCCACUCUCGUUUGAGGCGCUGACAAUAAGAGACAUCCCGAAUUUAGAGAGUCUUCCAAGUUUAGACAGCCUCCAUUCUCUCCAUCAUUUGGAAAUCGGUCGGUUCUGGGAGGAGCUCGAUUCCUUCCCUGAUUUUUAGCCUUGUAUGGUUGGCCUAAGCUCAAGUCUCCGCCUCAACAAAUUCAACACCUCACUUCUAACAUUUUUGGUGAUAUAUCAAUUUGACAGAGUGGAGACAUUGCCAGAAUGGUUGGGUAACCUUACAUACUUUACAGAGAUGGACAUUCAAGAUUGCAAGAAUCUGAUGAAUUUACCUAGUGUCCAAGCUAUGCAACGCCGAGCCAACUUACAUACUCUGACUAUUUAUGAAUGUCAUCCCCUUCUAAAGCAAAGAUGCACCAGGGACAAUGGCACAGAUUGACCUAAGAUUUCUCACAUUCCACUUAUCCUAAUCACACAGCAGUUGAAUCGAUGGUAGGCAGCACCUUACCAAAUUUCAUGGUGUGCAAGGCCACAGUUCUCCAAGAUUACUUUUAUUCCAGUUGUAUGUACAACGACUCCACAUGGCUCCAACUUCUGCAUUGACGGAGUGGAGACUUUACCAGAAUGGUUGGGUAGCCUUACAUCCCUUAAGAGCUGUGGAUUUGGGAUUGCAAGAAUCUGAUGAAUUUACCAAGUGUCCAAGCUAUGCAACGCCUCACCAACUUACAAUCUCCAAGGAUUUAUGGAUGUCAUCCCCUUUUAGAGGAAAGAUGCAGCAGGGACAGCGGCACAGAGUGGCCUAAGAUUUCUCACAUUCCAUAUUUCAGAAUUGUGGUCUGAGACAAUACUUGGAUUGAAACUACGCAACGGGAACGAUGUAGUGCAGUAGGUGCAAGCAGAGUCCAGGUUGCUUAUUCCAUUGGUUCAUGCACAAUGAGGAAAUUUGUUUAUAUUAUCCCAAGACUUGUUUUCAGCAAGUUCACUGGACCUUGAUAUUACUCAUGAAAGUCUUCGAGGGCUUGUUCAUUUAUGGAACUCGCUAUGACUCAGCGGUGGCAGGGUAUUCUGUUGAGGAUAUAAAAUUCUAUGGGAUAGGAAACGAAAAUGCUAGAGGAGAGCUUUUCACUUGCUGUUGGCACCAAGUUGGGGCAUGUAAUUUCUCAAAUGUCUCGCGAGGUUGCUGAGAAAUAUAUGAUGCUAACAAAUUUGAGGGGACUUAAUUGUUCAUCCUUCAGCGGAUUACCUUUGGUUCUACAGGCCCAGACUUGUUCUCUUUGUGAUUUUAUUAUACUGUGUUAUGUAAUUCUUCUCAACUGGCAUUUUCUUCAUUAGCUUCAAUUGACAAUCGAGAAUUCCAAAUUCCGAGGGAUAUUGGGAUUCCGAUCAAAGCUCAUAGGCGGAUCAAUAUCAUUCUUCAACUUCAAUCAUGUUUCCCUAAAGGUCCUGAGAGAUACCCAGUAGUAUUCCACUCAGAAGACUCGUAUCGUUCCUGAUGUGGGAUUAGAAUGUGCAACGCUGUCCGGGGAGUUUGGGAGUUAAUUAUGGUGGUCUUCUAUCCACAGGUUGAGUCACAAUGUUGCUUACUUUUUUGUGGACAUGAACACUGCCAAAAUACUCUUUACGUAUCAGCCUACGGCAUUGUUUCUUCCUGGGUUGUGGCAAUUCCCUAAAGCGGGUGGAAGCUUCCACGGGCUAUCAUGUGUACAUAAGAGGAAAAUGUCCAAUCAGAGAUAUUGACAAGCCUUACAUCCCUUAAAUAGCUGAGGAUUCUUUCUUGCAAUAAUCUGAAGAGCUUACCUAGUGUCCAAGCUAUGCAACACCUCACCAACUUACAAACUCUCUAUAUUUCUGGAUGUCAUCCCCAUCUAAAGGAAUGAUGCACCGAGGACAGCGGCACAGAUUGGCCUAAGAUUUCUCACAUUCCAAAUAUCACUAGAUAAUCAAUGAGUGGAAACUCUGUCCAAGUGCUGAUGUACAAGGUUCGGGGAGGAGCUCAAUUCCAUUCCUGAUGUUCAAGGUUGAUCAUUGCGGCAUGAAUUGUUACAUUUUAAAGGGUGGCCAAAGCUCAAGUCUCUGCCUCAUCAAAUUCAACACUUUUCUUUAACUGGUUUAUAUAUCAACUACUUGAGGGACUGGAGACUUUACCAGACUUGUUGGGUAACCUUACAUCCCUUAUAGUGCUGGGGAUUAGGAAUUACAAGAAUUUGAUGAAUCUACCUUUUGCCAAAGCUAUGCAAUGCGUCACCGCUUUACUGUCGGAGUGAAUUAAGCAACCAAGCUCAUUGGACCAUGAUAUCACUCAUGAGAGUCUUCGAGGGGGUUUUACUUUCAUGGAACUCACCAUGCUUCAACGGUGGCAGAUUAUGCUGUUGAAGAUGUAAAGUUGCAACAUAUAAACUUUUACUUGCUGUUGGUGACUUGGUCAUGUACGAUGCGAGGUGACUUAGUUGUUCAUCCUUCAGCGGAUUACCUUCGGCUCUACAGGCCCAUACUUGUACUCUAAUUCUUCUCAACUGGCAUUUUCUUGUUUCUUCACCAAAUUCUUUUCAAGUGGAAUUCAAGAUGGCAUGUGGUCAUUCUGGUGGAUAGGAUGUUAGAUUUCUACCCAAGUAUUCCGGGUUCGAAACUCUCCAUUUCUGUAAAUUAUUGUAGUAGUUUCGAAUUCCUCCCCGUCCCUAAUAAUCAUCAAUUUUCUUUCUUUUCAAAUGCUUCUUUAAGAACGUUGGGUAAAUUAAAUUUUACCACCUUGGAGAAGAACAUAUGUCAGGAGGGUUCUCCUUCCAACAACUCAGAAUCUUAGAGAAGAACUUUUCAUCUUUAGUUUCA